GGACGCGAGCGGCGCGCCGCGGCGGGCUGGGCGCUCGGAGGCCGCGGAGCCCCGCGCGGAGCCCAAAGUUUGCGCGCGGUCCCCGGGCGGCGGCGCGCGGGGGCCGGGACCGCCCUGCGCGCCGCCCUCGCCCCGCGGGACCCGCGCCGCCCCGGCCGCGCCGAGGGUCGCGGGCGGCCAGGCGGAGGCGGCCGGGAGCGGCGCCGCGGCAGGUACGGAGUUGGGCGGCGAGCGCGGCGCCAAGUUACUUUGUGGCCGGCCGGCGGGAGGGCGGCAGUCCCGGCGUCAUUGUCUGCGCGCGGGCCGCCCGGGCCGGGGACGCCGGGCGCCGCGGGGGCGCGGCGGGCGGAAGGGCGUCGCCUCGGGCCGGGGUCUGCGGCGCGCGAGGGCGGGGACCGGGCGCGGCGCGCGGCGUCUGCGACCCCUGGGAGCCGGGGAGCCCGGGCGACGCCCGCUGGAGCCUUCCUGUCCGACGCCGGCGUCUCGCGGGCCGGACCGGGGCUGGGGCGGGGCUGGGGGCCGCGUCGCCGGGCGGUCAGGGCCGCGCUCCCGGGCCGCUCGGAGAGUGGGCGCCGCGCGCCCCUGCAGCCCCCGGUGCACCCGCGCCUGGGCGGUGGGGCCGGACCCUCCCGAGCCGGAGCGCGCCCGGGCCUGGGAUCUUUCCCUCUGGUUCUGCCGGUGACCCCGCUGCCAGGGCCUAACCCCAAGUCGAGGGCGCGCGGGUUAGCGGCCCGCCAGCCGGGGAAAUGUGAUAAGAGCCGUGCCGUUCACAGAAGGCAGUUUCUGAUGCAACUCUCGGCCUCUGCGAUCUCCUCUCCCCACGCCUGCCUGGCGACGGCCCUCGAGCAUGUGCGUUAUGGAAAUGAGGGUAUUCUCCACUUUUUAUUGUGUUCGUCUUGUCUUGGGGUUGGAAGAAACGCCAACUUUCUGUCGUUUGCACUGACGAGGCGGUGGGUCACGUAGGGGAGCCACAGGUGACUUGGCUCGGGCCCGGACCUUUUCGGCUGCUUUCUUGCAAACGUUGUCCCCAGCUUCAUUCAAGAGAUGCGAAGAAAAGACCCAAACAAGUAGCGCUCCUUUGGAGUUGGGCACCAUGCUGAGCCCGAGGAGGGGGCUGCGGGGAGCGACGACCCCGUGACCGUGACCGUGACCAGCUGCCGCUUCUCACUUGGGUCCUCUCGGUCCAGCCAGGCGGCCACCAGACACCCAGAGCCCCAGAAAACCCCCGACAGGUGCCGCGGCCCAGUCCACGCGAUUUGAAGACGGCAGGAAGGAACCGAUGGCUUUAGCGGGCGGCCCAGACUCCUUUCUGCACCAUCCAUACUACCAGGACCAGGUGGAACAGACAUCUCCUCGCCGUCCUGGAAAUCUGGCAGGACCCGGCUUCCCAGCGCCGCCUGACCGGCUGGCGAAUCACCAAGAGGACGACGUGGACCUGGAGACGCUGGUGAACGACAUGGAUGCGUCCCUGGAGAGCCUGUGCGCGGCCGCGGAGACGGCGCCCCUCCUGCGCAAUGGCCAGCAUCCCCGCGGCCGGCCCCCCGGAGCAAGGCCCCUGCAGGGGCAGGUGGCCCCGCGGCAGAGGCUGCAGCGGUCCCAGCCCAUGCACAUCCUCGCCGUCAGGCGCCUGCACCAGGGGGACCAGCAGUUGAGGACGUCGUCUCUGCCGGCCAUCCCCAACCCCUUCCCCGAGCUCUGCGGCCCCGGGAGCCCCCCUGCGCUCACGCCGGGCUCCGUACCUCCCGGCCCAGCUGCUGCGAAGCAGGAUGUUAAAGUCUUUAGCGAAGACGGGACGAGCAAAGUGGUGGAGAUACUGGCGGACACGACAGCCAGGGACCUGUGCCAGUUGCUGGUUUACAGAAGUCACUGUGUGGACGACAACAGCUGGACGCUGGUGGAGCACCACCCUCACCUGGGAUUAGAAAGGUGCUUGGAAGACCAUGAGCUGGUGGCCCAGGUAGAGAGCACCAUGGCAAGUGAAAGUCAAUUUUUAUUCAGGAAGAAUUAUGCAAAAUACGAGUUUUUCAAAAAUCCCACGAAUUUCUUCCCAGAACAGAUGGUUGCCUGGUGCCAGCAGUCAAACGGCAGUCAGACCCAGCUUCUGCAGAAUUUUUUAAACUCCAGUAGUUGUCCUGAGAUUCAAGGCUUUUUGCACGUGAAGGAGCUGGGAAGGAAGUCGUGGAAGAAGCUGUACGUGUGUUUGCGGCGAUCCGGCCUCUAUUGCUCCACAAAGGGGGCUUCAAAGGAGCCCAGACACUUGCAGCUGCUGGCCGACCUGGAGGACAGCCGCAUCUUCUCCCUGAUGGCUGGCAGGAAGCAGUACGGUGCCCCCACGGACCAUGGCUUCUGCAUAAAGCCAAACAGAGUCAGGAACGAGGCCAAGGAGCUGCGGUUGCUGUGUGCCGAGGACGAGCAGAGCCGGACGUGCUGGAUGACGGCCUUCAGGCUCCUCAAGUAUGGAAUGCUCCUUUACCAGAACUACAGAAUCCCUCAGCAGAGGAAGGCCAUGCUGUCCCCCUUCUCAACUCCAGUGCGCAGUGUCUCUGAGAACUCCCUUGUGGCCAUGGAUUUUUCUGGGCAAACAGGAAGAGUGAUCGAGAACCCAGCUGAGGCUCAGAGUGCAGCCCUGGAAGAAGGCCACGCCUGGAGGAAGCGAAGCACGCGGAUGAAUGUCCUCGGGAGCCAGAGCCCCCUCCACCCUUCCACCCUCAGUACAGUGAUUCACAGGACACAGCACUGGUUUCACGGCAGGAUCUCCAGGGAGGAGUCACACCGGAUCAUUAAGCAGCAGGGACUCGUGGAUGGGCUUUUUCUCCUCCGUGACAGCCAGAGUAAUCCAAAGGCAUUUGUCCUCACGUUGUGUCAUCAUCAGAAAAUUAAAAAUUUCCAGAUCUUACCUUGCGAGGAUGACGGGCAGACCUUCUUCAGCCUUGAUGACGGGAACACCAAAUUCUCUGACCUGAUCCAGCUUGUUGACUUUUACCAGCUGAACAAAGGGGUCCUGCCUUGCAGACUGAAGCACCACUGCAUCCGCGUAGCCUUAUGACCUCAGGUCUACCCUGGCUGCAGGCUGGAGGACGCUGACACUGGAGUGAAGAGGUCUGUGCAUCGUUCGGAACACACAUCUGUCUGCACCUCGGGGCUCGGAGCAAGUUGGGUGCGUUCGGCGCUGACCGACCACGAUCGACUGGUUUGUUGGACUUGACGAUGAUUUGCUGCUGCAGAUCCAGCAGGGCCGCGCCCCUCUCGCUGGCCUCAUCGGGGAGGUCGGAAGACAGCAGACUCGAGCAUAAACUGGAAUGAUGGUCUUGGCUGGGCCGUGGAGGCACACGAGCUGGAGAGAAGUGAUGGGAAAUGAACUCUCGCCCUGGAAUAAUCUUGACAAUUAAAACUGAUAUGUUUACUUUUUUGUAUUGAUCCCUUUUUUGCACUCCUUGUUUUCAACAUUGUAUUCAGCUUAUGGCAAGAGGGGCCGUGGCUUUUCAGUCUGUGCGAGAUGCAAAGACAGUUGCGAAGUGGUAGCCCCAGAGGCUGUUUGCAGAGGGUGGUGCCCACCUUCUGCAGGUCACUCCCAGGCAACCGGCACCCUAGCCCUCCCCAGUUUCCUUGGAAGCUUUUUUGAUACAAAAGGUGUUCCUGUGGUAGGCAUGUGGCAUGCUCUGUGGCCAGGCAGGCGGCGUGGUCAGCCAGCCCCUGCGCUGAGCACGUGCCCCUUCUCACGCUGUCACCUGAUUCCACGUGCUGUGCCCUGCACACUGCAGGUGGCUUGUUCCUUGGAAAACACCACGCAGGGCUGAGUGGUUGCCCGUAGUUGGCCGCAGGCCCGCCUGCCUGAGACACAGUGGGUACCCACCACCCACCCAUGGUGGACACCAGGCCGCCUGGCCCAGCUGCAGCCCUUCCAGCCUGUUCUAGGACCAUCACUGCCUUACCCCCUCUGCAGUGGUGCUGGCCUGGCAGGGCUGCCCUCCCUCCUCCAGUGGAUCAGAUGACCUAAGAGGAAGUGGCACCUGAUUGGUCUGCUUCCCUGUCGAGUGGGUUUCCAUGGUGACAGAGAUGGAGACAUUGGAGAGGGCAGCCCCGCAGCCCAGUAAGAGAAGGUCUUGCUUGGUGGCCUCCAUCCUGCCAACGGCCCCGAGCCAGCCCGUGCGAGGCGGUGGGUGGCCCGUCGGCUGGCCCAGGUCAGGAAUCCCUCACAGCAGUAUCGGCUGAGGACAGGUUACCAAGACAACUCUGCAUCCCGCUCCAGGAGCUGAGUCAGACGGUGGCUUGCGUUGUCCCCGUCUCCGCCCUGUCCCCUUAGCCGAGUCUUGCGAUGUGAGGGUAGCCUUGUCUCUGCAGAGCAGGAAAGGCUCCCCUGACAGGCAGGCAGACUACUUGGUGAAGGACGGUUUCUUUUCCCCAGAUCACGGUUGCCACGCUUCCAUGGCCCCUCUGGCCUGCUGGCCACUGGAUCCCCUGGACCCCGCCCAGUGCAGCACUUCCCAAGGGACACACAUGGCUUAGGACACAGUGACACAUACCCGCUGUACCUCAGUCUGUGGUAUAGACACUGUAUGUUAGUUGACUAGCCACACUCUACUUGUUUUCCAUGAAGUGUCUACUUAGACAAAUGAAGCAUUUUUAGUAAAACAUGUUUUUAACCAUGAAUGCUCAGUUGCGUUGUUUUUUUUGGUUUUUCACUUUUUUUGGUUUUUCUGUAGCCUGUUAAUCUUUCCAACCGUCGGCAAUUAGGUCAUUCUCCAAGUCAUCCCUGGCAGCCUGCUUCCGUUGGAGGGACUGAUGCUCCAGUUACACCAUUACACAUUUUUCUCUUCACCGGUUGGAGGGAAAACCUUUAAAAAAACAAAAAUCAAGCACAAAAAAACACACCUCUCCAAUUUCUUUUUUCUGUUUACAUAGACCAGUCUCCACCAGUGAGAUGACUCACUCCCCUUCCAAUAGACAGCUAGUAUCGGCAGUAUUGCAUAUUUAUAAAUAUACGUUUUAUUUAAAAGCAGAACUAAAGCUUGACUCUGACGCACAGUUCUGUGUGUACUUCCUGGCCACGGUGAACUGUCACAGAGAGUGACCCUCCCGGGGCCCCAGCCACCUCCCUGGUACCGGGCAGCCGGGGAUCCACCUGCAAACAGGCAGCCCCUGCAAGAAGCAGGCGUCCAGCCAGGUCAGCCAGGGGCUGAAGGACAUUCGACUAUUAUUUUUGUAUUUAAAUGACAUGAAUGUAAACGGGACAGCUCAGGGUCGUUUUGGAGCCUGUUGACUUUUUAAUCUCUGCCUGUGAUUUUCUGUUCUAAAUGGAAACUCCGUGUAGCAACCUGGUCUGAAUGGAGAAGGAAAACGCCAAAUGCUUUGGGGAUUCGCGCUAAGUAGGAGAGCUCUGUGACCUUAUGCGUUAGAGUUCCAGAACGUUCUUCCGUCUGCUAAACCUUGAAGAAGUAUGUGCCUCAGUCUAGAUGUUUUGUCUUCUCUUUUCUGCACUUAAUACCUGAGGGUUUGACCCAUGGGCACACCUUUGAGGGAGUGGGGCUGGCUCGUGGGGGCUGUGAUGUCACAGUGCCACCUGCAGUGACCGUAGGAUGGCCUGACGUGUAGGCGUUUUCAGGGAUUGCAGAAGGGAUGAACUGAAGAGACAAAACCUUUAUUCCAUGUGCUUUGCUCCUUUCUGUACAUAGCUGUUCGCCUCAUGAACCUAAUUGUAAACGUUCAGGUAUUUUUGUACAAAUAAGGGACUGAUGUUCUGUUUCUUGUCAUUAGAAAUAAACAUAAAUACAGUGUUCUUCAUUUUC